UCUUCGAUCGCCGUCCUUACGGUGUUGCGCACCCCCGGAGUCUUCGUGGAUCUUUCCCGCGAUUUUCCCAUACAAGCCCGGUCUUGGCCUUCUGUCGCAAUCUCGUCUCUGGCGAGUUUCCCCGACUUUCCCUCUUUAACUCAACUCCUCCAAAAUAUAAAGAAACAAUGGCCCCACAAGACAACGGUCCAUCAACAACUCUCGUCCCCUUCAAUGACCUCCCCGAUUGCGUUUUCAGCUGCGGCGUUCUCCACGAUGCAAACGGUGCCUGUGUUCCUCCGGCCGCCGAACAGGUAGACACCGACUGCUUCUGCAAUUUUGGCCCGCUACAGCCCUGGAGACAAGGAAUACGCGGCGUCUGCGAUUACGCCCAGUGUCAAGAUGCCGAGUUCUCCAGCGUCCAGGGUUGGUUCACCAGCUUCUGCAAUGCUGCUGAAGGCGGAGAAACCGCUACUAGUACUGCUACCACCAACACGGAUCCCGGCGCCGGAGCUUCUCCUCCCCCAAACUCUGAUAACCAAACCAGCGGCGGCGGUGGCGAUUGGAUUUCCCACCACUGGCGCUGGGUUAUUGGCAUCGUCAUCAUGGUUGUCGGCAUCGCCGCCAUCUGGAUCGGCGCCUGCAUCUGGCGCCGCCGCUACCUGAAGCGCAAGGAACGCGCCAGUCAGUCCGGCAAGCACACAUCCGCGACAGCCUUCCCCACCGCCGGCGGCUCUUCCCUACACGCCAGCCAGUCUGGAGGAGGCUCGCCGAACAGCUCCGAUCGCUCCGGUCCUGGCGUCUUCAUGCCCGGCACCGCUGUCGCCUACUCAGACCAGUCAAAAGAGAAGAAGAAGUGGGUGGUCAGGGACCGCGGACCGAACUAGGCACAUCGUUCCACUAUCGCGUCUUCUUUCAUUGUUAUUUUUUUUCUCCAUUGUGUUAUAUUUGGCUAGUCACGACCCAUCCUU